GUGGCGUGCGCCGCACCGUGGAGCCGUAGAUUUUGUGUGCGUGUGUCAAAAAAAAUCUAUUGAAUAGUGUUAAUUAAAUUUAAUUAAAUAGUCGAGGGGGAUUAUUGAAACUUGGAGUAACUGUGUGCUUUACUGUGCAAGGCAUUGUGAGUGAUUUAAGUUGUAUUUUCAGUUGGCAACCUCGCGCCAAUUUGUUUAUAAAAAAUAAUUUAAAAAAAAUAAAAUUCAUCAUUUUAAGAGUGAAAACUGUGGAAUUCGACAAAUUGGGAUAAAUUUUUCUAAAUAAUCUAGAUGAACGUGAAGAGAGUGUGUGAUAUUAGGGAGCAUAGAAAAUGGAUAAAAUAGAGUUACUGGGCGGUGCCUGCUUCAGUCAUGGCCCAUACACAUUUUACAAAGCCGUGAGAAUCGGCAAUGGACGUGUUCUGCGUCUCGGUAGUUUCUUUCUAACAAAAUUAUGGACCGAUGCCGAUUUAGUUAGUAUCGGUGAAUUACAGCUGCUCUGGAUAGAUAGCAGGGGCUCAAAUCAGCCAUUAGCAUCGUUGAGGCUCUACUUCCUGCCUGAAAAUACUCCGGAUGGACGACGUGAUACUCACGGCGAGGACGAAGUUCUAACAAUAUCAGAAAAAGUGGUAGUUCGAGUUCAUGACCUUGUGACAUGGUUGGCACCAUCUCUGGAGUGGUCAUGGGGUCGCGAGGUAUCCUUUCCAAUGAGGCCCGGUGUGUCGACCGAAAAAAUAGAAGAAAAAUAUCAACAGCAGCCGCAAGUUCUCACGGACCCCGGCAUCGAUUUUUCGGACGUGGAGAAACAACAGAAGGACAUGGAGAACAGCGGAAAUAAUGGAAAGAAGAGUGAGGAGGUCGUACAAACCAGAGUCGUUGUACUGUCAUAUCCGAGGUACUGCAGGUAUCGAGCACUAUUGAGGAGGCUCGAGGGUGCUGAACCGGCCUGGCUCUGCUCGUCGAUCGCUGCAGCACUCGGAGGAUUUACUGCAUUACCUGGCACCAGGGUACUAUUCUGUAGGGACACUUUUGAUUAUCCCGAUUUGGAGACCCAUGAAUUACUGUGCAAUCAUUUAGCUCCCAAAUUGAAAGGCCGACCCCGAAGAAAGCGUAAAAAGCGCAGUGCUUCACCAGGCGAAUCAAGCAAUGAGAGUGAGGCUUCAGUGGCUUCGACUUCACGAAGUUCAACGUCGAAUUCAAACUCGUUGGCUAAGGGGCCCUCAAGUACUGUUCGACGAAGCGAACGGAAGGCCAGUGUUGAGGAGAAAAAAUUUCUCGCUGAUGUACAGAACUUCAUGAGCUCACGUGGAACUCCAGUUACAAAAAUGCCAUUGCUUGGAUACAGACAGAUUGAUUUGUACGUAUUCUACACAAAAGUCCAGAAACUGGGUGGAUACGAUUCAGUGAGUGCUGGACGUUUGUGGAAAUCUAUUUACGACGAUAUGGGUGGUCAUACUGGAUCAACGAGUGCAGCGACAAUAACACGUCGACAUUAUGAAAGACUUCUCCUACCGUACGAGAGGCACCAGAAAGGUUCAGAGACCAAAGUCAGACCAGCUGGAAGGAGAACGAAAUCCACAUCAGACGAGCCGACUGUUGUAAAAUCCGAAGCGACGCCUUCCCCACCUCGCACCCCUUCCUCAACGCCUCCAAUGCAAAAGCUCUUCUCAACAAUGUCACAGUUGCCAGACGGUGACAAACCAAAGACUGAGGUUAAGACUUCUUCCCUACGUAGUGUUCGAGUGAAGCCAGAACGCCUAAAAUCUCUCAACACAAUAAUUUCGUCGAUGCCCUCGUCGAGUCCUCCAACUCCUCCACCCUCAUCGAAUGCCUCAAAUACCUCAUCGACUAGUAUAACUCCAUCGACAACACCAACGGAAAGCCAGAGUGUUUUAGAAAGACAAUUGAAUAGUCCACUUGUCAACAAUCAGCAGUCGCCUCCAACGCCACCAGCCCCACCACAUCAAAUCUCUCAGAACCCAAGUACGGUUGUGACCCUCACCCCACCACCGGAAAAAGAUUUGAAAGAAUUGAAAUUAGAGAGCCAAAAUGCGAAACAAACGACUCUGCUGGCUCAGGGUAAAGAGAACAUUCCUCUCUUCGGUGAGAGAGCCCAAUUCAUCACAACCGAGAGGAUCAAUCCCCCAAAAUCUCCAGAAGUCAUUGAUCUCGAACUGGAGAGUGACUCGAGUCGUGAUAAAAUUGUUAUUCCAUCGUUCAAGAAGAGAAAACUGGAGAUAUUGAGGGAGGGAGGACUCGAAGUGACAGCUGUGGAGUUGGACUCGAGGCCAAGUGUCAUUCAAGCAACGAUAACACCGGUGAUAGUGCCCAUUAUUCCAAAACGAGACGACGAAAUAUCAUCUCCAACAAAGCCAACUAACAGUACUGUACCAAAGUUGAUUUCUGUCACAGUGACACCUGAUAUUGGCCACAUGCUGCCAUCACCUGGUGACACCGAGCCCCCAGUGCGACCUUCAAAGACUCACAACAAUAAUAACUCGAGUGUCAGCAACAACAACAACAACAGAGUCAUCAAUCUUGGAGCAUCAAAUAAUUCCAACCUUCUCCAGAUUUACGCCAAUGCUGGCUCAGUGCCGACAUCUCCAAUAUCUCCAGGGAGGUUUAACAGCUCUGGUGAAAGGAUUUUACCCCCAAAAGUCACUCAGUCCAAGUCAAUCUUCGGCUACACCGAGCGAAUGGUUUAUGGAAAUCCAAAGGACAUUUUGGCUCAUCAGAAGUAUCAACAAGCAGCUGUGGCUCCACCUCCUACUGCAAUUAUAAAUCAUGCUGGUGGUGUCUUGGAUCUUACUGCAAAGCAAUUGGACAAGAGUCAGUCAUUCAGCAGACCAAAUUUGGAGAUUGUUCGGGUUCCCGUUGUCCCCAGGCCAAAUCCCAUGAAUCUGGAGUUGAAGUCUGUGACGAUUAAAGAAAAAAUAUCCGAGCCCUCGAGGAAGAGUCCCUUCAAUUAUCCAAUGCUUGAUAGCCGCACAAUGGCGUCUAAUAAUCUUGAGAUAACCCUGGUGAGUCCAAAAGUCAAGCCACAAGCGCAACUACCUAGUCCAGUGAGAAAUGGCAAUUCCAUUUCGACCGUGAAUAAUGUUAAUUUGAAUCUGCAAAAUCAGAGGAUGAGAAUGCAGAAUGGAAAAUUAUCGGUGAGACCGGUUGAGAGCCUUUCACCGUACUCAUCGAGGAAGCCAGCUGGUCAACAGGUGAUUCCUAAUAUUCCAAAUCUCAAUCAUCUUGCUGCUUAUCCAGUGAGGGGGCUCAAUCCUCAUCAAAUGGCUGCUGAAAAGAGAAAGAGUGAGACCAGAGAUCAACAAUUGAGCAUUGAAAAUGCUCAGAAAGCCCAGCGACAAGACCGACGACACAGUAUGCCUAAUAUCUCGUCUGGAUUUGCCCCAAGUGUUCCACCGAAUUCUGGUUAUGUCAGUCAACUGCCAAAUACUGGAAAGUAUCUGCCAGGGGGUAUGGGCAUGCUGGAUCCUGUAUAUUAUUCGGCCAUUUGCAGUGGACUCUUCCCACCACCGGCUAUGUCACCAGCUAGUCCCUAUCUGUCACCUGAAUUUAAUGCUUAUUAUAAGGAACUACUUGGGGGACAAGCGAGGGUGCCACCGAUGGGGCAGCCCACCAUUCCCACAUCCAAAUAAGCCAUUAAGGGAAAAAAACCUCGAGAGGGCAGUGUAUUAUUAUGUGCAAUCAAGACUCGGAUUAUCCACAAAGCUCUUCGGAUUUAUGGAUUGGCAAAAAACUCUCCAUAUUUGAAAGAUAGGCAUCAUGAAAUAUCCCACUUCAUUUCGUUCAUUUUUUCAAGACUCAAUUUUCUACUGUUCAAUUUCACUCAGCAUUAUUUUUAUAAAUUCUCCCUAUUUUAAUCGACCCUCAUCUCUGCUUUCAUGGCGAUAAUUCUGUUCACGGUUGAAAUUAUCUUGUGCACGAUGCACUAUUCAUUAUCGUUUAGGUAAGAGGAGCAAAGCUCCAAGGUUGAAAAUAUUUGAGAAUCUGUUGGAGAACGGUAAUUAUUCAAUUGAUACCAAACAUUGUAAAAGAAACGAACAAGACAAAAUGCACGUGAAGACGAAAAUGUGUAACAGGUGCAGUAAGUUUUUAUAAGGAAAAUUCAUGAUUUUUCAUCCUUGCCUUCUUAUGUAAGCCUGUGAUUGGCGAAUUGAGGAGAUGAGUACUCGUAGUGCCCUCCUCACUCCGCAUUUUUUCCCCUCGUUUCUGUUCUUUGAAACAAUAUUUUUUCUUUUGUUAUUAUUAUUGAAGGAUAUUCUGUUUGCGUGUAUUUUUUAACGAAUGAGAAAAAUCCGAGUGGAUGUUUACGUACCAAAAGAUGUAAAUAAAACUGUAGGCGAGUGGUAUGAAAAAAGUUGAAUAAAAAAAUUUUUAGAUAAUAACUGGUACAAAAAGUCGAUACAUCUUUCAGUACACUGUAGGAGCAAAUGUUAAAUAAUUAUCUUGCAAUACGAGAGUGAAGGAUUUCAACUUUCUUAGGAUAGAUAAAUCUUGCUACUCGUUGCGUUAGGGGAUAACUCAAUGACUUUUUUUUCCAUAACGUUAGAGGAGAGGGGAUUUUUAGUGUGAAAUGUUGAAGUCAACGUGAGUCUCCACGUUUUUUCAUCUGAGUUUCAUCUCCCUACUGGUGUGUGUGUGUGUGUGAGAAGUCUAGAACUCUCAGAAUGCACUUAUUUUCUCCAUUCAAUCGUGGGAAUCGCCAUUGGUUCCUGGUCAAACGAGU